AUGGGCCAGUGGGACCCCACCCAGCUGGUGGAAGUCCUGGGGCUGCAGCUGGACCUUCAGUGCAGCCAGAUCUUCAUUCCCAAGCUGAAGCUGGCAGUCCUUCAUGGUCUGGCGUCAUUUGCACACCUGCUGCACAGGUGGCAAGUGGAGUGCCACAUGGACAACACCAUGGCGCUGGUGUAUCUGGUGAACAGUGGUGGAGCUGACCUCAACAUGACACUCAUUGUCAAGCAGAUCUAUGCUCUUCUCAACUGGAUUGGCGCCUGCCUCUACAAGGUGGUGUGGAUCAAGGGGAGUCUCAAUGUUGAGGUGGAUGCUGCAUUGUGGUGGGUGGACCACAAUGACUGGACCAUGCAGGCAAGGUUUCUCUGCCUCAUGCACCUGCAGCUUGGUCCAUGGAUGAUUGACUGCUUUGCUGAUCACAUCAAUGUGCAGGCGCCAAGGUUCAACAGCCUGUUCCUGGUUCUGGGAACUGAGGUGCAGGAUGCAUUCUCUGUGUUGUGGGUGGGUGAGGUGAACCUGCUGGUGCCUCCCUUCUACCUCAUACUCUGGGUGCUGCAGCACCUUGUUGAGUGUUGGGUGAUUGGGAUGAUUGUUGUGCCAUGGUGGGAGGCCCAGCUGUGGUGGCCCAUACUACUCUGGGUCACCACCAGGGUGGUGGUGUUGGGCCAUGGAUUGGAAGUGGUGGUGCCAGGGCCAUCUGACAAGUGUGAGCUGAACACCAUGGUGUCAUUGCACUCACUGCACAUUGGUGGUGCCACAGCAGCCAUGAUGGGUGGCCUGCAGUGCAAGCAGAUUAUGGCCAUCAGUGGGUGGUGCAGUGGUGUGGUCAAUAGGUAUCUCCACACAGUGGAGACUGCCAAGGUUGGCGCCUCCACCCUCAUUCUAGGGUCUGGUCUCUGA